AUGCCCCAGCACCACCCCCAACAAGCCCCUCCGCCGCCUCCUCAAGCCCUCAUGUAUCCUUCGCAACCGCCCAAUCUUUACGACCAACCCNCCUUUGCUCAGCAGCACCUUCACCCUGACCUUCGCAACAUUCAACCCAACCAGCAACCUCCACCACCUCGUCCAAACCAAUCUCCAGCCAGCGCCGCCAGGCAGUAUGCUCAAGCUGCACAAGCCGCUCAACUGCAACAACAACAGCAACAGCAGCACCCACAACAGCAGCGCUUUUCGCCGCACCAGCACUUCCAGCCCGUACUCGCUCCUGCGCCCGUACCACAGCACCAACACCAUCAACUUGUACCAGAGAUGUCCACUCAGAGCUUCGGCAAUUUCCUGGUUGACGAGCGCAAGGUGUACCCUCCGUCACCAUCAGUGCGCGACCUGAUGCCCACCCCAACGGCUGACAUGCCGGUGCACAUGCGUCUACCUCGCAAUCAGGAGGCUACCUGCCAGCUGGAUAGCGUCAUGUUGGAUUUCGCAACAGAGCGGCGCAAAGCCGCAGCACAGGGCACACCCUCCUCCUCACUAGUCGGCCCUGCAUACCCUUCCAUAUCGUCUCUGCUCAACCCUGCCCGAGCACCAAAAUCUCACCCUCUCAGCAAACUCUUCACCGACGUCCUGGCCAAUCUCCCCGAGAUCGACCAGAUUCCAGAGCAAGUCGCCUGCUUGUACAUCAUGUUCCUUGUUAUGCGCUGGCGCAUUGCCCCAACUCAGGAGAACUUUGAACGUCUACCUGAAUGGAUCCGUCCCAUCCGAUCGCAGCUUGAAGUCAGCCAUCCUAUCUGGUUUGACAACGUGCCAUGGUAA